AAGAAUAAAUCAAUUUCUAAAGCUAUCACUAAUAAUUCAUGAUGUAAAUGCCGCCAAAGAUACAAAAAUGGAUUGAUUCUUGGUUGCUGAUGGAAACGAAAGCCUUCCGGUUGUCAUAGUUUAUAAAAGUUCAACCAUUUGUUUACCACUCCCAGCAUUUCGUGAUUUUUCAACAAAACAAAAGGUUGACAUAAUUGCUUCCAGUUUUUAAUUUAUUGUGAUCAAUACACAACAAUGGAAACAUCAUUCAAAGGUUUGGCAGACGAUUUAAACAAUAUACCAUUAGCUGAUGAAGAUGCUCCAGAUGAAGAGGAAAGUGAUGAUGAAGGUACAUCUAGACUUGAUUUGAACCAUAGUUUCACCCAGGAUCCAAGUUUCGAUUCAUUAGGCUCUAAUGAUCAGCAAACUGAUAUUAACUCCUUUGAUCCAGAAAUGAAUAAGGAAGAGAUCGAGGAAAGAGAAAGAUUAAUUCAGCAAGUAUUGGAGCUACAAAACACUUUAGAUGAUCUAUCAUUGCGAGUUGAUAGUGUUAAAGAGGAAAAUCUUAAAUUAAAAUCUGAGAAUCAAGUUCUCAGUCAAUAUAUAGAAAAUUUAAUGUCUGCAUCGAGUGUUUUCCAAUCGACCUCACCAAAAGUUUCCAAGAAAAAAGGAAAAAGAUAAAUGGACAAGUUACCGCAAUCGCAAUGGGUAUAAGCGUCUUAUAUGUAAAUUAUUGUAUGCCGCAGCUAAUAUGCAAGAUUCAGAGAUAUGCCGUACAGCAAAUGCUGGCCAGUCAUUAAUUAUGUUCGUGUUUGUCCGAAAUUUUUAUUCAAAUGUGUAUCUUUUCUUUGAUUUAUUCACACUGGCAACUUUGUUUUUUCAAUUGUUGUACUUUAAAUUGUUUUGGAUUUCAUUUAACCUCCUCAACCAUGUCAUUUUGAAACCUAAAUGAUCUCAAUUAAACUUUAAUCUACUGUAUUACACAUUGAAUACGCAAACAGUUAGACUUUGAAGUAAAAAUCAUGCCAAACGAA